AUGGCGCCGAGUUCUCGUCUCGUCAACGAUCUGCGCGUGCACGACAACGAGGCGCUGCUGCGCGCGUGGCAGGCGGCGGCGAUCGCGGUGCCCGUGUACUGCUUCGACCCGCGCUGCUUCUCCACCACGCACCACUUCGGCUUCCCGAAAAUGGCAGCUCACCGGGCACGCUUCUUGCUGGAGAGCGUGGCGGACAUGAGGCAGCGCCUGCAGGGGAUGGGGUCGGACCUGCUCGUGCGGGUGGGCCCGCCUGAAACCGUGCUGCCUGUGCUCGUGGCGGCUCUCAACGCGCAUCUGGUGGUGGCUCAGGCGGAAACAACAGACGAGGAGCUCAGGGUGGAGAGGAACCUCAAGCACGCGCUGAACAAUGUGACUAUAACGAGGGCCACAGGAGGCCCAACAACAGCCCAAGAACGACUCGCCGCAGAUACUGCCAACGGUCGCCGCCCAAAGCUGGAUCUGAUAUGGGGGCUGACCAUGUACCACGUGGAUGACCUGCCAUUCGCUCCUGCUGCCCUGCCUGACAUCUACACACAGUUCCGGAAAGCCGUGGAAACCAAAGCGAAGGUCCGCCCACCCCUCACCAUGCCUGCCAGCCUCGGUCCGUUCCUCUCUGCCGAAGCUGUCGACAGGAUCGGUGGUUUGGGCUCCCUGCCGUCUCUGGCUGACCUUGGGAUUGACGACCCCCCACCACAGGACCCGAGGGGCGUGUUGCCGUUUAAGGGUGGGGAGACAGCAGCACUGGCUCGGGUGGAGGAGUAUGUGUGGCAGCGGGAUUGCAUUCAAGAGUACAAGCUGACGCGCAACGGCAUGCUGGGGGCGGAUUACAGCACCAAGCUGUCGCCAUGGCUGGCGCAUGGGUGCAUCUCUGCUCGGUUCAUCCAUUCGGAGGUGCUGCGAUAUGAGAAGGAGCGAGUGGCAAACGAGUCCACAUACUGGGUGCUAUUCGAGCUUAUCUGGAGGGAUUACUUUCGGUUCCUCUCCAUUAAAUGCGGGAAUUCCAUAUUCCACUUGGGUGGGCCCCGCAAGCUGCAAUUCAAUGGCCGAGAUUGGUCCACGGACAGAGCUCUCUUUGAUGCGUGGAGGGAGGGACGAACGGGGUACCCCUUGGUGGACGCCAAUAUGAGGGAGCUCGCAGCCACGGGUUUCAUGUCCAACCGAGGCAGACAGAUAGUGUGCUCGUUCUUGGUGCGAGACAUGGGCAUGGACUGGCGCAUGGGAGCCGAGUGGUUUGAGUCGCUUCUCCUGGACCAUGACCCUGCCUCCAACUACGGCAACUGGACCUACGGCGCUGGUGUGGGGAACGAUCCCAGGGAGGACAGAUACUUCAGCAUUCCCAAGCAGGCAUCCACGUAUGAUCCCAAUGGCGACUAUGUAGCCCAUUGGAUCCCUGAGCUAGCAGCCCUCCCUCCAUCCCUGCGCCACUUCCCCUACCGCCUCUCUCCCUCCGAGCGAGCCGCAUACAAAUUGGAUGCUGAAGGGUCGAGCUACCCCUUGAAGCCUGUGGUGCCGCUGAAAUUUGGUGGUGGUGCUUCUGGUGCUAGGGAGAAGUUUUCAGCAGACCAAGCAGCACGCGAUCCUGCUAACUUUUUCAAUCUCAGGCUCGAUUCUUGUCCUGCAGCCGUUUUGGAAGAUGGCUCCCGUGUCCUUUACUGCGAGCAGGCCUUCUGGAGAUCACCUGAAAAGCCUUUUCGCCAGCGCUUUUAUGUUGUGAGGCCAUGCGCCAAAGAGAUGAAGUGUGAUGCUGAGGUGGCCAGCUAUGCUCUUCGAGACGUUGAAGAGUACCGAAACUUUUGCGAGCGGCCAAAGAAUCAGCGGCCACAACCAGAGGAGGUCAUCGGGGAUAUUUCGGAGCACCUUGCCACGGUGUACCUCUCGCGAUGUGAGGGGGGGCGGAAGUGUGCAUAUGAAGGCUCAACACCUCCAGGAGGCUUUCCGAACAACUGGAACGGAGCUACUCGGUGCACUUCAGAGCUUACUCUGUUUCGCAGUGGAGAAGUCCACAGCUGGGACAGAGGCUAUAAAGAUGAUGGGGUGCAGGUGUGGGGUCCGAAGUCAGCUCCUUACGAGUAUAAGCCUAAGCACAUGGUUAGUAGUAACUAUAGGUCGAAUGAAGCUGAUCAGGGAAAAAAAUAG